ACACAUAGUUCCUCAUUUUAUGAUUAGGAACAUGGAGGGCAUUUGUUUUGAGGUCAAACCCAGAGAUGACCCAAUCAAAGCUCACCCUCUCUGUGCACAAACACUUCCUGGAUCAGAAGAUAAGAGCAAGAAAGAGGAAGGGGAAGAGGAGAUUCAGUACACGCUAACUCUUGUAGGAUCUUUGGCCAUCCAUCCACAGACCACCAUGGCGAUGCUCCCCUGGGUUGUGGCUGAGAUACGGAGGCCCCGGUUGGGGGAAAAGAACAGAAACCUUGAAUUCAAUGGUGCUCACUCUCCUGAGGUUCGAGAUCAGCCUGUGGUGCUGAAGAUCUCUUCCAGUAAAGUGUGCUGCAUUUUGGAGACAGCAGGCCCGGGGAAGCCAUGGGACCCAUUGCAACACAUGGUUCUGUUUGAUCACAAGCCUCAUCGUAUCACCAAACUCAUUCACAACAGCCAAGAGCCCAGCUAUUUUGGCUGUCUGCUCAGAGAGGAGAAGAAAGCAUCCUGCUAUGUAUUCCGCUGCCAGGACCACAUGAAGGUUCCAGAGAUUAUAAGCACUCUCAGACAGGCUGGCAAAAGUUCUGCUCGACAAGAAGACACUCCUUCAUCUCUGCCUAGCAAUGGUCAGCCAGAUGAAUCCUACUCCGCUGCUGAUGCAGCAACAGCCUUCGCGAAGAAGUUUGAGGUGUUGUUCUGUGGGCGAGUGGUGGUGGCCCAUAAGAAAGCACAACCUGCACUGAUAGAUGAGUGUAUUGAGAAGUUUGGACGUGCCAGCGCCACAGGAUCACUAACAGCGGGCAUCAGACGGGCGUUCUCACUCAAUCAGGUGGUGAAUGCAAAAAACGAGGGAGCAGAUGGAGGAGGAAAGCGACCUCUGUUUUUGAAAAGAGAUCAGACUUUUCCGUUUCUGCAAGCAUUGGACGAGAACGGCCUCUCACCGGAGCUCCAGCGACGGGCCGCAGACGGAGCCACUGGGGUCCAAGCCACUAGCCUACAGGAGAACAGAACCAUGCUGUUCAUGAUUGUCUGCUCUCAGAUCUUUCUUGUGAGUCCUGACACUAAGAAGGUGGCCAUAGAGAAGAGCUUCAGAGAGAUUUCCUUCUGUUCUCAGGGUAUCCGUCACGUGGACCACUUUGGCUUCAUAUGCAGGGAGUCGGUGGAAUGUGGAAGUUGCCAGUUUGUUUGCUAUGUUUUCCAGUGUGCUAACGAAGCUCUGGUGGAUGAAAUCAUGUUGACUUUGAAGCAGGCGUUCUCGGUGGCCGCCCUCCAGCAGAACAGUAGGACCCAGAGUCAGCAGUGUGACAGCUGUCCCCUGCAGCAGCUGCACAAACUGUGUGACAGAAUAGAGGGUCUUCAUCCAUCCAAAGCUAAGCUGGAACUGCAGAAGCAUUUGGCAGGUCUGGACAAUCAGGAGCAGGCAGCUGUGUUUGAGAGCACCAUGAAAGCCAGGCCUAAGUCGGAUCAGAAAGGGAACGAGUUGUUUGUGUCAUGUCUAAGACAACUGUACGAGGAGAGACAAAAGACACACACUCACACACACAACGGACAAACAAAAAAGGAGGUUGCUGUGAAUGUUGAAAGCAGUAUUAGUUCGAGUCGUGUGCGUCUGGAGGAGUUCAAGACUAGAGCAAAAAGAUCCCUCACAGAAUCACUGGAGGGGAUCUGGAAGGGCAGCAGUAAGUCCAAAUCCCAGAGGGAGAACAGUGAUGGAGAGAGCAACUCCUCCAGCUCCACCACACUGAACAGCACAAAUCAGGAAACAUCAUUGGAGGAGCCCCUCUGCUCUUUCUCUCCCUCCAGUCCACUCCGCUCCCACAGUUCCACAGGGGAUCUGAAGCGUCUAGAAGGCUCAGUGGGAGGUCAGGAGGGUCCUGAGAGCCCGCCUCAGGGUUUUAGGAGACGCGCAAGCUCAAUUAGUCACUCUCCCAUGCUGUCGACCUCUGAGCCGAGCCUUCCCCCACUACAACACACUGCCACCACCAAGCCCAAACUGGUCCGACACUACUCAGUCAGCACAGAUUCCCCACAUCAGAGCAAUCCUUCCUCCCCUCUGGCCUCUUCCUCUUCUGUUUGUCAGCGGCCUUUGAGGCCUCGUACUUUUGCUCUUGAUCAUUCCACCGGCCCCUCAAGCAGAGGUGAGGUUCCAUCAGGGCUGAGUGGUUUUAGAGUGAGAUUACACUCCUCCUCCUCUGUUCCAAAUUUCCUCAAAUUUCUGGCCCCUGUAGUGGAGAGCGAUGAUACCAGUGAAUCUCAGAAGAAGAGUGACGUGGCGCCCCUGUCCAGUCCUGGAGUGGAGUGUGUCGUUGGGGAUGACAGUCCAUUACGUAACCGGAGACACUCCUGGAGACAACAGAUCUUCUUACGAGUCGCCACACCACAGAAGGGCUCAGACUCCAAAGAAUCCACCUUAGAGGUUGGCAGCAGAAUGGCGCUGGGAGGUGGAGUUGGGGGCGGGGACAGCACCCUGGGGGCGGUGCCAGAGGAGAGAAGAAAAAGGAAUGGGGCGGAGCUAAGAGAACUAUGGAGGAAAGCAAUUCUUCAACAGAUUCUUCUGCUGCGGAUGGAGAGAGAGAACCAGAAAUUACAAGCAUCAGAGAGUGACCUGCAGUGCAGACGACUGAAGCUGGACUAUGAAGAGAUCACGCCAUGUCUGAAAGAUGUCACUCUGGUCUGGGAGAGAAUGCUCAGCGCCACUGGGAGGUCAAAGGUCAUGUUUGAGACCGAGGAGAUCCACACAGCUGUGGGACAAGGCGUUCCUCGGCAGCAUCGAGGAGAGAUUUGGAAGUUUCUUUCAGAGCAGUAUUUGCUGAGGCAGGAGGUGCCCAGCGCCAAACCUCCGAACAUUGACACUCCUUACAAAGAGCUUCUGAAGCAGCUCACAUCCCAGCAGCAUGCCAUCCUCAUAGACUUGGGACGUACAUUUCCCACUCAUCCGUAUUUCAGCGCUCAGCUGGGUGCCGGCCAGCUGUCUCUCUAUAAUCUACUGAAGGCAUAUUCUCUGCUGGACCCGGAGGUGGGUUACUGCCAGGGCUUGAGUUUUGUGGCCGGCGUGUUGCUGCUCCAUUUGUGUGAGGAGGAUGCAUUCCACAUGCUCAGAUUCCUGAUGUACGACAUGGGGCUGCGGAAACAGUACAGGCCUGAUAUGAUCAUACUGCAGAUUCAGAUGUAUCAGCUGUCUCGUCUGCUGCAUGACUAUCAUAGGGAGCUCUACACUCAUCUGGAGCAGUAUGAGAUCGGCCCUAGUCUCUAUGCUGCUCCCUGGUUCCUCACCGCCUUUGCCUCACACUUCCCGCUUGGAUUCGUGGCACGAGUGUUUGACAUGCUGUUCCUUCAGGGAUCUGAGGUCAUCUUCAAGGUGGCUUUGAGUCUUCUUGGUAGCCACAAGCCACUGAUUCUUCAGCACGAAAAUCUUGAGUCAAUUGUGGAGUUCAUCAAAACAACCUUACCCAAUCUCGGCCUUGUGCAAAUGGAAAAAACAAUCAAUCAGGUGUCUGAGAUGGAUAUCAGUAAGCAGCUACAGGCCUAUGAGGUGGAAUUUCAUGUUCUUCAGGACGAGCUCUUGGAUGGUCCCUCCACUCUCAGCCAAUCACAGCGGGUGGCCCAGUUGGAGAAGACCAAUGGAAGCCUCCGACAACAAAACUUAGACCUCCUAGAGGAUGUUCAGGUUGCUCACGCUAAGAUCAGAUGGCUGGAGACUCGUGUGGACGGCCUGGUGAAUCGAGAGGCUGAGCUUCAGUCGGAGGUAAAGACUCUCCAACAGGAACGGACAGAGCUGCAGCAGACUGUAUCCAGUCUCCGAGAUCUCCUCAGCAGUCUGGGUGUGAACAGCCCCUGCCCUGACCAGGAAAAUCUCACCAACAAAAGCUACAACCAGUAACUGUGCCAGUGAGGAGUGUCUUUAUAAACACUCAACUGACUUCACCUGAUCUGCUAUCAAGCUCCUCCUGUAAGCAUCACCUCUGUCGUCAUCCUACUGGCUCUGUCGUCCUUUAGACAAGCUAUCUUAGUGGAGAUGGACAGGUAGGUUUUCAGGGCACUGACGUUCCUUCAGUGGAGAUUUUCUUGAAGGGUUGAAAGGGUGUCUUUUAGAGUCAGAUCUUGCCUGAAUUGAUCAAACAACCUAAAAGAUUAAAACAGCUCAAAAGAAUAGCUGAGAUUGCUAACGCUUUCUGGUUCUUACAUCUGUUGUGACUGAUGUUUAAUUUCUGGACAGAGACGUUUUGGGUCACCAUUUUUAAUAUACUCUCCCUUUUACACUCCCUGAUGUCAAUAUGGCAUUGACCACAACAAAGCCUCUUAGGUAGAUUU